CAGAGAGGCUGUGACAUCCUGUGAGGGAUGAGGAGAGAGCGUCCCUAAGCAGGAGGUGCUCCAGGAGGUUACUGCUCCUGCAGCGGCAGGGGUCCCUGCAGGACAUGGAGCCUCCCCAGGCGGGACAGGUUGUGGUGAUUGGCAGUGGACUGAUUGGUCGCAGCUGGGCGAUGGUGUUUGCUGGUGGAGGCUUCAAAGUAAAACUUUAUGAUGUUGUGCAACAGCAGAUAACAAGUGCUCUGGAAUACAUUAGGAAAGAAAUGAAGGAGCUGGAAAAGUCAGGAAUGCUGAAAGGAACUCUGAAUGCAGAGAAGCAAUUGUCUCUCAUUAGUGGCUGUAUGGACUUAAAGACAGCAGUAGAUGGUGCUAUGUUCAUUCAGGAAUGCACACCAGAGAAACUAGAAUUGAAAAAGAAGAUUUUUGGUCAGUUAGAUCUUAUUGUCAAUAAUGAUGUUAUCCUAAGCAGCUCAACUUCCACACUUUUGCCUACUAAGUUGUUCACUGGCCUUAAGCAUGUGAAGCAGUGUAUUGUGUCACAUCCUGUAAAUCCUCCCUAUUAUGUGCCGCUGGUUGAACUGGUUCCCCAUCCAGAAACAGAGCCUUCUACAGUGGAUAAAACCUAUGCCCUGAUGAAGAAGAUUGGACAGUCACCCGUCAAAUUAACCAAAGAGAUAGAUGGGUUUGUUCUGAACCGUCUCCAGUAUGCAGUUAUUAGUGAGGCAUGGAGACUUGUGGGUGAAGGAGUAGUGUCUCCUGCUGAUCUAGACCUUGUGAUGUCUCAUGGAUUGGGAAUGCGGUAUGCAUUUAUAGGGCCGCUUGAAACGAUGCAUCUCAAUGCAGAAGGAAUGACAAAUUAUUGUGAGCGAUACCGUGAAGGAAUGAUACAUGUUCUGAAAACUUUUGGUCCAGUACCAGAUUUUUCAGGUGAAAUUGAGCAGCAAAUCAGCCAGGCCAUGAGCGAACGAACUCCAGCUGAUCCAGAACAUCUAAAUGCCAGGAGAGCAUGGAGAGAUGAAUGUCUUAUGGGUCUUGCCAAGUUGAAAAAACAAAUGAAAUCCAACUGAAUUGCAUCCUGUAUAAUACACAAGGGCAAAUUAUCAGCAUAUCUCCACAAAAGUGGGUGCUUCCAUUUCCACAGGCAAAAAUCUGUAUUUGCAGAACAGAUGACUCAAUAUGCAAGCAAUGAUUUUUGCCCAUGUGCAAAUACAGAGGGUGAUUCAAAAUGUAGUCCAAAUUGUCAUUACAUUAUUAAUUCAUGAUAGGAACUGCGUAAGAAACUAAUUCAUAAAAAACUUUUUAUCUGAUUAUUCUAAAUGCUUUAAUACUAGCUUAUGCAGAUUUGUUGUAGCCCUGUCAGUCCCAGGAUAUUAGCAAAACAAGGUGAGUGAGUGAUGUAAUAUCUUUUAUUGGACCAACUUCUGUUGGG